CCCCACUGCUUUUCCUCUCCCUCGCCAUCUCUCCCUCGCCAUCUCUGCCACCAGCGUCUCGACGCUUUCUGCACGCCCAAGCCCGUCUUGUCCUUGCCUCGCCCUCGCGAUACCUGCUCAGCCUGAUAUCCGGACCCUUGGAAAGCCGUCUUCAUGGUUGCCGACGCUCUAGUUUACCACCCGACGGUGGCGCAUUACCUCAAGUUUGUUGCGACAACUGUCGGGCGCGACAAAGUGCUGCGAACGCUGCAGUACUUCUCCCGCUUCCUGGCAUGGUACCUGUACCGCACCAACCGCCCCACGUCGGCCAUCGCCCCCUUCGAUGCCACCAAGAAGCAGUUUGGCGCAACGCGCAAGUUGAUGCGCGUGGGCAAGUUUGUCGAGCACUUCAAGGCUGCCGCCAUUGCUACCGACUCCAAGACCAUGGACCCCGUCCUGAGGUUCACCGCCAUUGGAAGACAGCUGGGAUAUGCACUUUACAUGCUGUGCGAUAACGCUUGCGUGCUCGACGCAACCGCCAUCCGCAAAUCCUCAUUUGCCCCUCGUCUGCUGCGCGAGGGCUACCGCGCGUGGUUCGCCGGAAUCUCCUUUUCCAUUGCCUCGGGCUUGUACUCGUACUACAACCUGCUGCAGCGCUCCAAGGCGCUCACGGCCUCUUCGGACCCGGAGAAGGUGGUCGAGACAAAGAAGGUGCAGGUGGAGCUGAAUGCUGUCAAGGUGCAGCUGAUUAGCGAUCUUUGCGACAUCACCAUUCCCAGCUCGGCUCUCGGCUGGGUUGACCUGGACGACGGUAUUGUCGGUCUUGCGGGAACCACGAGUUCGUUGUUGGGCGUGUGGGCACAGUGGAAGAAGACUGCAUGAGAGUCAAAGGGGGUAGUGGUGGGGGGAGAAGAAGUCAUGUACCAUUGAAUGAUAAGGAAAACAGCGGAGCGUGUGGGUGGGCGAGGAAUUGCAUCUUGUUCGACUCUUUCAUUUUUUUUCUAGUGAUACAGAUACUCAUUGCGGUAGUGAGUGAGCUAAUU